CGGGAGGAGGGCUUUAUGGAGCAGAAAAACGACAAAGCGAGAAAAAUUAUUUUCCACUCCAGAAAUUAAUGAUCAUGAGCUCUUAUUUGAUGGACUCUAACUACAUCGAUCCGAAAUUCCCUCCAUGCGAGGAAUAUUCGCAGAAUAAUUACAUCCCCGAGCCCGGCGCGGAGUUCUACGGGCGCCGGGAGCCGCCGUUCCCGCCGCACGCCGAGCUCUUCGCGGGCCCCCGCGGCGCCUUCCCCGAGCGCCCCUUCGGCUGCGGGGGGCUCCGCGGGGCGGGGGGCGGAGGAGGAGGAGGAGGAGGAGGAGGAGGAGGAGGGAGGCAGCACCUGGCGGAGAAGCCGCAGCUCUGCGAGCCCCCGGGGCCGGCGGCGUGCGGGGAGCCCGAGGGGGAGCCCGGGGCGGCGGGGAAGGCGCCGGUGGUUUACCCCUGGAUGAAGAAAAUCCACGUCAGCAGCGUGAGCCCCGGUUUCUCGGGGGCCGAGCCCAAGCGCUCUCGCACGGCGUACACGCGGCAGCAGGUGCUGGAGCUGGAGAAGGAGUUCCACUACAACCGCUACCUGACGCGGCGGCGCCGCAUCGAGAUCGCGCACGCCCUGAGCCUGAGCGAGCGCCAGAUCAAGAUCUGGUUCCAGAACCGCCGCAUGAAGUGGAAGAAGGAUCACCGGCUGCCCAACACCAAGAGCCGAGCGGCGCCCGCGCCCGCCGAGCCCGCGCCGCCCGCCGAGCCCGGGGACGGCGCCCGCUUGUAACGGGGACGGCGCCCGGGAGCGGCCGGACGCGGCCGGCGGAGCCCCGGGGGGAUACCGGC